AUGGAUUUAUCCAAGAAUAGAUUAACGGAAGUUCCUACAGAGUUGUGCCAUUUUGUGUCACUGGAAACACUAAAUCUAUACCACAAUUGUAUUAAAAUUAUACCAGAUGCCAUAGUAAACUUGCAAAUGCUAACUUACUUAAACUUGAGUCGAAAUCAACUUUCUUCUUUGCCAGCUUGCCUGUGUGGUCUUCCUCUAAAAGUCUUAAUUGCAAGUAACAAUAAGCUAGGUUCCCUUCCAGAAGAGAUAGGUCAGCUAAAACAGUUAAUGGAACUGGAUGUCAGCUGUAAUGAAAUCACAGCUUUGCCACAACAGAUAGGCCAGCUGAAAUCUUUAAAAGAACUAAAUGUCAGAAGAAAUUACCUCGAAGUUUUACCCCAAGAACUUGUACAGCUUCCCUUAGUAAAGUUUGACUUUUCCUGCAAUAAAGUGCUCGUGAUUCCAAUAUGCUUUAGAAAGAUGGUGCAGUUACAAGUGUUACUGCUUGAAAAUAAUCCUUUGCAGUCUCCACCAGCACAAAUUUGUACAAAGGGUAAGGUGCAUAUAUUCAAAUAUCUGACUGUACAGGCCUGUCAGAUUAAAACAGCAGACUCACUGUAUCUUAAUGCCAUAGAACAGCAGCAUUUGCCACAACCUGUGGAAGAGAGCAUUGAUGACAUCUAUCCAAGUAAAAAGGACUCAGAUUCAGGUGUUGGUAGUGAUAAUGGUGAUAAACGUUUGUCAGCAACAGAGCCAUCUGAUGAAGACACUAUCAGCUUUAAUGUGCCAAUGUCAGACAUUGUGGAAGAAGAUCAUGUUGUAAAGGAAGAUUCAAGUCACCAUAAUUCAAGAAAAGUGGAAUUCCAUCAAGUAUCUUCUCACUUGAUUGUCAAUAAGUCAAGAGAAAUAGAAGACCAGUUUGAUGAAUCAGAUACUCUUACUACUGAAUUUAUGAGUUACAUUAAGAGUAGAGCAGCAGAGUGUGAUGAAUUGUUGAGAAUAGAAGAGGACACACAAUGGCACACAGACGAAAUAAUAAAUUUAUCAGAAGAACAAACUAUUGAUAUAGCAAUGAUAGAACAACUAAGAGAAGCAGUAGAUUUAUUACAAGAUCCCAACAGAUUAAGCAUGGAUAUUUCAGAGAGCAGUGAUGUGAAUCUGUAUCCCAUGGAACCAGCAACAGCUUUAGAAUUUCAGGAAUCUACAGUAAACGGUCAAAUGCAGAUGGAGAUGUCUUCCCUCGGGCAGAGAGAAAAUGCUGAAGAGGAACUAGAAUUUCAGAGAAGGAGGGAGUUGAUUAUGGAGAAAGCAAAGUCCGAAGUGAGACCUUGUGAACAGGGUGAAAAAUGGUCAUUGAGUCAGAACAAGGAUAAAAGUCCAACAGUGUCUCCUACUACAAACACCACAAUCCCUUUUGGCUUGAAGCCACGAUCAGACCCAUCCCUCAGUCUUCCUCCUAUCUCCUUCAACACACUUACACAGGCACAAACAUGGGACAACUUUAGCUACAGUAUCCCAUCUGAAGGAGACAGUGACAAUGUGUUCUUAAGACCACAAAGAAAUUUGGAAUCAAUAGACCCACAAUUUACAAUUCGAAGGAAAAUGGAACAGAUGAGAGAAGAGAGAGAGCUUGUGGAACAGCUACGUGAGAACAUUGAAACAAGACUAAAGAUUUGUCUGCCUGAAGACCUGGGGUCUGCUCUGAUGGAUGGUGUAGUUCUCUGCCAUUUAGUAAAUCAUGUUCGUCCUCGGUCUGUAGCAAGUAUUCAUGUACCUUCACCAGCAGUACCUAAACUUAGCAUGGCCAAAUGCAGGAGAAAUGUGGAAAACUUUCUGGAUGCUUGUAGAAAACUGGGAAUACCAGAGGAGAAGCUCUGCCUACCACAUCACAUCCUAGAAGAAAAGGGCUUGGUAAAAGUGAGCAUAACAGUUCAAGCACUGCUAGAUGUAACCACAAUGAAACAAGCUUUAUUCACAUGA